GGGGAGGGAGGGAACGGGGUUAGGUGUCUGCUGUAUUGGGCAGACGACAGUGGGGCACGAAGAGUGCGAAGGCCUAGCCACCGGACAGGUGAACUCUGCACUGGGCCUAGGGUAGGCGGGAGGUUCUGGAGCCAAUUCAGCGCUCCUUUUGAGUAGGAGUCGGACUGCUGAGACUCGGAGGGCAGCAGGGGGCGAAGCCCCGGCCUAGGCCCCGCGGAGAUGUCCGGUUGCGGCGCUUGUAGUUGCGGAGCGGUCGCUGCGCGGCUCAUCACUUCCUCGCUCGCCUCCGCGCAGAGAGGUAUUUCUUGUCGCAUUCAUAUACCUGUAUUAGGAAGGCUUGGGACCUUUGAAACUCAGAUUCUAAGAAGAGCUCCUUUUAGAACCUUUACAGAAACACCAGCAUACUUUGCCUCAAAAGAUGGGAUAAGUAAAGAUGGCUCCGGAGAUGGAAAUAAGAAAUCAGCAAGUGAGGGAAGCAGUAAGAAAUCAAGCUCUGGGAAUUCUGGGAAAGGUGGAAACCAGCUGCGCUGUCCUAAAUGUGGCGACUUGUGCACACAUGUAGAGACCUUUGUGUCAUCCACUCGUUUUGUGAAGUGUGAAAAAUGUCAUCAUUUUUUUGUUGUGCUAUCUGAAGCAGACUCAAAGAAGAGCAUAAUUAAAGAACCUGAAUCAGCAGCAGAAGCUGUAAAAUUGGCAUUCCAACAGAAACCACCUCCUCCCCCCAAAAAGAUUUAUAACUACCUCGACAAGUAUGUUGUUGGCCAGUCAUUUGCUAAGAAGGUGCUUUCAGUUGCUGUCUACAAUCAUUAUAAGAGAAUAUAUAAUAAUAUCCCUGCUAAUCUGAGACAGCAAGCAGAGGUUGAGAAGCAGACAUCAUUAACACCUAGAGAGUUAGAAAUAAGAAGACGGGAGGAUGAAUACAGAUUUACAAAAUUACUUCAGAUUGCUGGAAUUAGUCCACAUGGUAAUGCUUUAGGAGCAUCAAUGCAGCAACAGGUAAAUCAACAAAUGCCUCAGGAAAAACGAGGAGGUGAAGUGUUGGAUUCUUCCCAUGAUGACAUAAAACUUGAAAAGAGUAAUAUUUUGCUGCUUGGACCAACUGGAUCAGGUAAAACUCUGCUGGCACAAACUCUAGCUAAAUGCCUUGAUGUCCCUUUUGCUAUCUGCGACUGUACGACUUUGACUCAGGCUGGAUAUGUAGGUGAAGAUAUUGAAUCUGUGAUUGCCAAACUGCUCCAAGAUGCCAAUUAUAAUGUAGAAAAAGCACAACAAGGAAUUGUCUUUCUGGAUGAAGUAGAUAAGAUUGGCAGUGUGCCAGGCAUUCAUCAGUUACGCGAUGUAGGUGGAGAAGGCGUUCAGCAAGGCUUAUUAAAACUACUAGAAGGCACAAUAGUCAAUGUUCCAGAAAAGAAUUCCCGCAAACUACGUGGAGAAACAGUACAAGUUGAUACAACAAACAUUCUGUUCGUUGCAUCUGGUGCUUUCAAUGGUUUAGACAGAAUAAUAAGCAGGAGGAAAAAUGAAAAGUAUCUUGGAUUUGGAACACCAUCUAAUCUGGGGAAAGGCAGAAGGGCUGCAGCUGCUGCAGACCUUGCUAAUCGAAGUGGUGAAUCAAAUACUCACCAAGACAUUGAAGAAAAAGAUCGAUUAUUGCGUCAUGUAGAAGCCAGAGAUCUCAUUGAAUUUGGCAUGAUUCCUGAGUUUGUGGGACGGUUGCCUGUGGUAGUUCCUUUGCAUAGCCUAGAUGAGAAGACACUUGUACAAAUCCUAACCGAGCCACGAAAUGCUGUUAUUCCCCAGUACCAGGCCUUAUUCAGCAUGGAUAAGUGUGAACUGAAUGUUACCGAGGAUGCUUUGAAAGCAAUAGCCAGAUUGGCACUGGAACGAAAAACAGGUGCACGAGGACUUCGGUCCAUAAUGGAAAAGCUGUUACUAGAACCAAUGUUCGAAGUCCCUAAUUCUGAUAUUGUAUGUGUGGAGGUUGACAAAGAAGUAGUAGAAGGAAAAAAGGAACCAGGAUACAUCCGGGCUCCAACAAAAGAAUCCUCUGAGGAGGAAUAUGACUCUGGAGUUGAAGAAGAAGGAUGGCCUCGCCAAGCAGAUGCUGCAAACAGCUAGACUGUCAGACUUCUGUAUAUAAAGCUUUUUCCUUGUGUUUGGGAUUGUAACUGUCUCUACAGUCUGACAUUAAAAGCAUUGGAUCUAUCUUGGUUAUCAUACAUGGUCAGGUGCCUUUAGGGUAAAAAUCAGAUCAUGUAUAUUAGGUAACAUCACAUUGAUUUAUACAGAAAACAUUAUGUGGACUUUAAUGACACAAUGUUCAGAGAUAAAAUGUAUAUUAUUUUGGUUCAGUUUUUUAAAAAUAUGGUUACAUUCUUAGGUGUUCUUUUAAAUAAUGCAGGUGUUGCAAUAACUGUGGAUUUUACAAUAAUGUUACUCUACAAAUGGGAAAAUAAAUUCUUUAAAAUUGAAGGUUGGGAUACUAUUAUUUAGUUUAACCUUUUCUACCCAUAUUUGUUUCCUGAAAAUAUUAGAAUUUCAUUCAUUUAAAAAAUUUGAACAGGUAGUUUUCAGGUAGUUAAAAAUUUCAUGGAAAAAGUACCCUGGAGAUUCAUAUUUUAAAUGGUUUAUUUAGCUGUAUUCUUAGUCUUACCUAAUGUAUGACACUAACUUCCCAUUUGGUACUACAAAAAAAGCCAUUCUCUUGCUGACUUGUCUGAUUUAUUUGCCAUCUGUAAUGCAUUUUAGUACCAUGAGUAAGCAGAUAGAAUUGAAGCCUGCCUUAAAUCUUCAGGAAAAGAUCACAUCUAAGUCUAAAAGUAGCAUUCACCAUCAACCAUAACAGCCAUGUGCUAAACUAAAUAAAAUAUCCUAACAUUGUGCACUUACCUAAAGUACUCAGCUAGUUGUUGUUUUUUUUUUUUCAUGCUGGAUAUUCGUCUAAUUCUUUGGCUUCAUAGAACAUUAAAGAAAACCUUUGCUUUGCUAUCAGCAGAAGUUAAUAUGUUCACACUAAAAUAUAAGUUAUUAAUCUUCAUUAUGUAACAAAACUAAACAGUGGGAGGAGUUUAGGGGACUUAAAAAUUAAAAUCGUUUCUUUCCAUAAAUAUUAAAAUAUUUGGGUACCUUUUAAGAUUUUUCUUCUAAAAUGUUAACACAAUUAUCUGUACUAUUCAUUCAGGUCAAACUUCCUUGAAAUUGUUUAAAUCAGAGUACAUUGAAAUAUUUGGAUAUUUGGAUUUUUCAGUUUAUAGACUCAAGUUUUCCUUUUACCCCCUUUUCCUUAGAAAGAGAACUUUAGGCUAUUAGCAGAUUCUAAGUCCUGUUGAUGAAGAGUUGGGCUUUUUAUGAUGUAAUAAGAGACGUGAAAUAUCUAUUUAUGGCUGGAGUAGGAUCAGAAAUAUACUUUUGCAGAGUGUUUAAGCCUGGUUGCUAUAGUAUGGAACAGAAACAGAUAUCUUUAGUCUCCCUAGCAAUGGUUAAAGUUUUUCUCAGGAAGUCUUUCAUAUAACUGUUCAUUAUCUUUCUCUCUUGGUGUCAUUUUCCUCUUUGUAGAGUGAAAAUUGGAAUAGCUACUAAAUAUAUUAAGGGUAAUCAUCCAGAAAUGGACUGGGAGACAUUUUAGUCACAACAACUUACAUUUGGUUUUGGAAGUUGUUAACAAAGCAUAAUCGAUGUUUUUAAAUUAAACACAACUUAGUAUAACUACGAUUUGUAUCUUGAAACUUACAUUUUGGCAUUUGAAUAAAACAAAAGGACUAAAUGAAA